GGUCCGGCUGCAGAUUUCAGAGGCUCCGUGUGGCCGCUGCGUGGAGCAAACCCGGCCGGGGAGCAAAGGCAGAGACAGGGAGACGCGAUGGAGCCUUGGACCGCGGCGGUGGCCACAGGCACGGCGAGAAGCCUGCCUGGGAUCCCGGACGUAUCGUGAAGAUGAAACUAUAACCGUCCCGCUGGUUCAAUGUAGGAAGUAAGAGAGAGAAGGGGGAAGCCAGGCUGGGGCUCAGGCUCUCGGCCUGGACGGCCGUGGGAGAGAAAAACCACCGACAGAGAUGGGGGUACGGCCUGAGGCCGGGGGGUGGGGGCAGCGAUGAGGGGUCGGGCACCCCCCCCCCGGGGUAGUGCAAGCAGCCUCUGGCCACCCGAACUGAGAUCCGCGGUUGGCCCCUGGCUGCCGGAGGCUGGAAUCCGGGAGAAAGGUCUGGGCGUGGGGUAUCAGCAGCCAGGACAGAGACGCCCCUCACUGCUUGAGACUGGCCGAGGCCCCAACACAUAAGACAAAGGAGCAGCUGGCCAGGAGGUAAGGGAACAGACAUUUCAAGUGUCUUAAGAGUCCUUCUGGGAGCUUCCAGAAAAGGUGGAAGGAACUUCGCCCAAAAUGCCAGGAAGCAAACAAGGGUCGGGCCACUCCUGUUCCUUCCCCCUCCCCAGCAGGGACAGGAAGACAUGGGGCGGGGGAGGGGAAGGGGCAAGAGACUGACAGCCAGGCCUCGGACCACCAGGGUCCCGGACCUCUGGGUUCAGGGAGGUUCUGGGCAGGCCGAGCAGCUUCACGUCAGGACCAGAAGCAUCCGGGACGCCCCGUGAUCGCCAGCUGCUGAGCCCUGUAAAGCCCCAAAGCCAAGAACGGACUGUUUUGUUCCUCUUUGCGUUUCUGCCCCUGCCAGCCAUUCCCAGGGCCAGUGGAGGCCAAGGUCACGUUUGACAAGGGAAAACGAGGUACGGGAAAGAACUUCUUUUGUUUCUCGGGUGUUGUUGUUUUUUUUUUUUUUUUUUUGGCCCUAAUCGUAAGACUGAAUUCUGUGCACCAUAAACAUGUUUACGGGGCCAAAGCGACUAGAUCUUUGUGGCAAAGGGCAGGGGCACCAACUCCUCCACGACUGGGAACCCGAAGCCUGUCCGCGGCAGCCUCGUGCGGGAAAGCAGCCCUGGGGGUGGCCGAAGAGCCAGGGGCCUCUGUGCCGCCGACCCAGGACAGCAGGUCGACCCACAGACUUUGAUGGACCAGACGCGCUCGUGCGGGGUCUCCAGGGCGACCAGGAGGUGCCCCAGGGAGACGUGACGGAGCAAGCCUUCGACACCCACUCGGGACUGGCCUCUGCCUCGUUUGCUGUGCCCAACGAAGGCCGGCACAAGGCGGUUCCAGGGAGAGAAACCGAGUUCCGCUGCGGGAAAGAGGAAGCAAAACAGGACAGACCCAGCGCGCACCUGCGAUCCCAGCCACCCCGGGCGCCCGCCAUCGGCCACCACAGAUCAAUUCCACCGCUUUGCCGCACGCGGCCAGGUGCACGGGGGGGGGCCUGCAGGAAACAGCCCAGGAGCGAUCAGCCUGUGACACCACGAUGCCCUCCAGGAUUGACCUGCGGCCUCCCGGAGCUCCCGAGGGGGCACUGGCCGGCGGGCGAGGCUGGCCCAGCAGACCCCGGGGCAGAGGCACCAGCCCACCCUGAGGGUUGCUGGGACGACAGGCACCAGACGGGCCGCCCUCCCCAGCUGGCCUGGGCAUCUGUGAUUCUAGAACACAGCCCGCUCCAUCAGACCGGCCUGCAAAAAUAGCCAUGAGGCGCCCUGUACCGACAGUUCAGGGGAGGUGCCGAUAAGAAGGAAGGCCGGAGCGGACCCCGCUGCCCACCGGCCGCGCAGGCAAAGGCGACCCAAGCGGGGAAUCCGGGAGGGGCCUGCCCUACCGCAAAAUACUGACAGCAGUCAAUACAGACAACAGGGAGGCCGGGCCUCCAGGCCGGAGGCCCUCUGGACUGAAAUCCUGGUUCUGCCAUUUCAGCCGUGUGACCUGGGGCAAGGGACUUCACGCCUCUGUGCUUCUCUUUCCCUCAGGAACCAGAGGCAACAGUCACUGUUCGGACGCGAAACGAAAUGAUUUAAUACGUGCACACUUCACCUGGCGUGUGCCAAAUACACUCACUGCCUGUCAUCACCCCCCCCCCCACCUUUUAACUGAUGGGCAGAGGACAUUUGCCAAAGGGCACAAGGCCACCCAGGGGCAGGGCACGGCGUUCCUGAGGCUCUCCGGGUGGCUCUCGCUGAGGGCAGAAGGAGCAAACUAGAGUCUGGGUCCAAGUCCCGGGCGAGGGGAGAGGGCGAGGAAACACCCCAACCUCACGGCCCUGACCACCUCUCCGUCACCCACCGUACCACGAACCCACCGCUGCUCUGGCCCUCGGGACACUGCCGUGGGGGCAACAACGCGGCCCCUGCCCCAGCAGACGUCCACGCUCAUGAGGGCGAAAGAGGACACACAAAUAAACACACAGCAUAACGGAGGCUACCUUCGGGGACGUGUGGGGCGAGCUACACAGAUAUCUCAGAGUGAGCCUUCCGGACAGAGAGGAGCGCGAGCCAGAGACUCUGUGGUGGCACCAGGCUCGGCAGGCUCGAGGACAUCCAGGAGAUGUGCAUGGCAGGUGAGCUGCGGAGCCGAGAGCGGGUGAGGUGAGAGAGGGAAGGAGGGCCAGACUGCAGGGGCCUCUGGGCCACCGAGAGGACCCCGGUCUUCACUCAGAGUAACACAGGGAACCUUGCAGGGUUGUCAACGAGGGGACGUAUGGUCUGCUGACUGUUUCAUCAGGAUCCCUCUGGCUGUCUACGGAGACCAGAGAGGAGACUACUGCACCAGUCCAAGCAGCGGACGGAGAAGGCUUUCGUGGUGAUGUUGAGGAGUUGAAACACAGCUAGGUUUUGAAGAUAAAGCCAAUAGCAUCUGCUGAUAGACCAUAUCAGGCAUGACCCAAGAUUCUCAGCUCUGCACUCGGGGAAAUGGAGGCGUCAUUUACCGAGAUGAAUAUACACACGGGGGAAGCCUUCAGCCUCAGCUGGAAAAAUUCGUGCAUAAAGCACCUGAGACUGAUCCCAACCACAAAACCAACUUAAAGACAGCAGAGGGGACUCAGCUCCCCUCUGGGAUGUGAAGAAGGCUAAGGGGCCCAGCAACACACACGGUGGCCCAGCAGGCGAGCCCUUCCCACCGCUGGGCCUUCCCCGUUGGACCAGAGACACCUGGAAAUGUACCCUUAGGGACCUUGACCGUGCAUUCCUCACCCAUUCAAACUUGGGACGACCGCGCAUGCCAGGGUCAGUUCUAGGCAGUGGAUACAAGUGUCCCCAUUCUCCUGGGGUUUUCUUCCAGGACAUUUUCACGUGCGUGCAUGCACACGCACACACACACACACACACACACACACGCACGCACCAGGCAAGGUCAGCUGGGGCAAAUUGCUCUCCGAAGCUUCUGUUUCCCUAACUGUUGGUGAUGAGAAUGAGAAGUGUCACAGAAUUCCCCAGGACCAAACAAGAGGACAUUUACAAAGAUGGCCUGAAUACUGCCCGGCACUCGGUAAUUCACGAUCACGCCGUCCGGCCGAACGCCUCUUGUCCACUCCUGCCUGCCGUGGGGACGAAGGGACGAGUCUCACUUCCUUCCCUGGACCUCUCCCAGCGACCUCAAUCCACAGGGCUCCUCUGCCAUUUGUGUCUCUAAUUUAUUGGGCCAUUCUCUGGGGAAAGUUGUGGGUUCGUUACUGAUGUUUAAUAAAACACAUAAUACACGAA